GCUCCCUCUGUGCCUGUCGUCAGGGUACAGGGCGAAGCAGAGUACUGGACCAACAUCAAACUGACCUGUGUGUCUGAAGAGGGCUCCCCCACCCCCACCUACGGCUGGAAGACCUAUGAUGUCAGGAACACCCCCAGAGCAUUCCCACCUAGGACCACUGAGAGUAUGUGAUAUGAUGUGAUGUGGUGUGUGUGUGUGUGGUCAGCUUUACUUUGUGCAAGCCAUAGAAUAAUGGCAGGGUUUUUAGCAAAACUUCCUAAUUUGUUUAUCAGUGUGUACGUGCAGCUGUAUUUAAACUUUAACUUCCUAAUUUCCUUGUUGUUCUUUCAGAGAAUGGCGUUCUGUCUCUGUUCAAUAUCUCCGUUGAGACUUCUGGUUUCAACAUCUGCACGGCAACCAACCAGAUCCGCUCUGCCAGCUCCAACUUUACUCUCAUUGUCAUGCCCCGUGAGUAUUCAGUAUAC